AGUCCAGCUGCAGAGGCCGAGCUGAUGUCCACCGCAGCGGCGUUUCUGAGCGAGGUCCCGGGAUGGUUUCUGUGGACGGGAGUCUUCUUCCCCGUGACGGCUCUCCUGCUGCUGCUCCUCGCUCUCCUCGGCUGGAAACUCAGAGAGACAGAGGAAGAGCUGGCCGCGACACCAGACCCUCGGCGAACAGCCAUUCAUCUGUGCUACGGGCCGCACCGGCGAUGAAGAGCGUCAGUCCAGAUCAUCAGAGACCACAACAGCAGACUGUGGCAGUCUUGCGACACAUGCAUGUUAUUUAGAAAGAAAACAGUCUGUUGGAGUCACACAGCAGGAUGAACUUGAAGUCACACGCUCGCUAGGACACAAAAAACAGACAUCACAAAACUACCGAGGUCUUGUAAGGUUUUUGUAUUAUUUCACAGCUCUCCUUAUUCUGAUUGCUGAGUUGCAGCAUAGAGACUGACUGAAAUAAAAACAGCCUCGGAGAACUUCAGUAUUACUUUUGCAAUGAAUAAAAAACGGUGGAGAAUCUCCAGAAAACACUGAAAAUACAAAACUCAGAAUGGGGAUGAAUCAUAUAUAAAUUAAUAUUGCAAUGUUUGUUGUUGUUGAAGCGGACUAUCACUUGUAUCAUCCCUAUAUUUCAGCUUCCAGCCACAUAGACAUUAUUGUAAAUCACUGUAUUUUAUGGACCAAAGCCUUUUUUUUUUUUACAUGCAUUUGGAGCUUGGCAUGCAUUAAAUGUGCAUUCAGCAGAUUGUUUGUUUUUUAAGCUUUAGGCAUUAAUAAAUAAAUAAACAAACAAACUGUUUUUGUUUAGAGUCAUCUGAAUGGUGCACACUCACAUGAGAUCAAGACUGCACUUUAAUCAUUUCAUAUACAAAUGGUUUUAAUUAUAUGGUAAGUUCAGGUCAAAUGGGACAUCUCUGAAACUCACUAAUAUCAGUGUAAGCCGAGACUAUCGUGCUGAUCCACGUCAAUAGAUGACAGUGCAGCGUCUAACUUCACCAGUACUGAUAAUACAUGAAGAACAGUGAUGUUAACGCUAGCUGAACAACUACUGAAAGCACCUUGAAUUUCAGACCUGAGUGCAACGAAUAACCCCCAAAAACUCACAGCCAAUCAUUGAAGAUCAAGCAGUCUCAGGAUUAUUAGAGAAUAAACAAACUUUAAUUGGAAGAGUGUUACACAAUGGGUCGGGUGGGGCAUAAAAACAUGACAGAUCAUUCAAAGCUGCUUAAAAAAAGAAAGAGUCAAUUCUACCAUUAACUGCUAUACACAGGGCUGAUGGAGCAGAAGGGAGCCGGGAGAGAGAGAGCAGGGAGCACGGGCCUCGCUCGACCGCUAAAAACAUCAGCGCUGGCAGUUCAAUCUCAUUUGUUCAUUUAAUCAAAAGUUUCUGAAACCGAUUAAAAAGAUUUAAAAGGGCAAACAGAGCGAUCUCAUCCAAAAUCAUCCGAUUAAAAAAAAACAAAAAAACAAACAAACAAAAAAAACAGGUUUCUACAAAUAUAUAUCUGAAUAUUGGUGCCAGAAAGUGGCUGGAGAUGAGAAAGUCCCCAAAGAGCUGCCUAGGUUUCAUGGUGAAUGGAGUUUUUUGCGUUUGUCUUGUCGCUGAGAGGUAGAAGCCGCUCGUCCUCUCCUCGGUGGAAUGUUUGUGUGUUUGACUGCAGAGAGGAAUGAUUGGCACUGCCGUCCACCAAUGAAAAUCACCCUGUGCUGGU